AAAUAAAUGCGCCUAAAAUGGACCUCAAGCUUAUGAUUUUGCAAACAUGCACGGGGAAAAUGCUAUCCGAAUACCAAUUAAAUUUACUCCGUAAAAACAACAUAGGGUCCCUGAUCGACUUUUAUGACGCGGAUGAAACGAAACUCCACGAGCUAUGGGCCAUUAAUAUACAAUCUGUUCGAGAAUUGAAGAAGGAAUUGUCUCUAUUGCCAAAAUGCUGCGCUAAUGCAGGCACUCCGGACUUGAAAUACGAGACGGGAAUCGAAAACUUGGACAAACUGUUGGACUCCGUGGAACAGCCCUUUGGACCAGGCAGGGUCUGGGAGCUCUGUGGUCAGCCAGGCGUGGGCAAGACUCAGCUGUUGUACACGUUGGCCCUAAAUUUCACCUGGAAGCAUAACCAGCCAGUAUUAUUCAUAGACACCAAGCGGGAAUUCUCCUGUAAGAGGAUACAGGACAUGCUCCGGGACAAGGGAACGGAUGCAAAAGCUUGGGAAAGGACCAUGAAAAGAAUACAGGUGGUGCAGGCCGCUACUGUUGCUGAUAUAAAUGGUCUGCUAAAAUCCUUUGAUCAGCAUUUGACCGAAACGCGGGCUUCCAUGCAAACGAAGUUGGUGCUUAUUGAUUCCCUUGCCGCGUGCUUCGCUUACCACCGCGGCAGAAGGAUGCUGGACGCCAGAAAUUCAGCACUGACAGACUUGGCCUGCAGAAUUCGGAAACUCGCUUUCAGGGGCGUGGCAUUUGUCAUCGGGAAUGUGUCAUUCUUUGGAAACGAUAAAGACGUCUGUGGUGAUGACGGCGAGAAAGAUGGCGACGAUGAGGAAAUUACGCGGCAGCAGUUGGAGCCCAUGCUGGGUGCCUAUUGGAGCUCGGUUGCCACGCUCAGGUUGUCGGUGGAGCUUCCAGAGACAGAGGACUUCACUCUUCAGGACGAUGGCCUACGUUAUAUGUACGUCAUCUCGAACACAUAUGGUCCAGAUGGUGAGCACUGCCUGCUGCGGAUCACGGAUGCAGGUGUGGUUUAA